UCUUUAGACCAACUCAAUACUGAAACGUGAUAAGAGUAAUAAAAAUACUCUACAUUAUUGUACGGGCCAAAAAAGUUUACUACCAGCCGCAGUAAUUAUUAUGACUGCGCCACAUUUGAUGGAGCAAGCUGACGAGGAUGGCUUCAAACCAAUACAUUUGGCAGUGAUACAAGGAACAUUGGAAACUGUAAAUCUUUUAUUGGCCAAUAAAGUCAACGUUAAUGCUCUAGAUAAUGAAGGACAUUCUGUUGUUCAUUGGGCUACAGUAUGCGGCGAGGCACAGAUUUUAAGAACUUUAUUAGCGUCCGGUGCAGAUGCUUCCAUACCAGAUCAUAAUGGUGCCACGCCACUUCAUUAUGCUGCACAGAUGUGCGGAUAUGAUGGCAAGAGUGAUAAAACAUCAACAAAGUUGGCGCUUGAAAUUCUUGGAAUUCUUCUGAAGCAUCCAAAAUGCUCUGUUGAUGUUGAAGAUAAAGAUGGCAGACAACCAUUGAUGUGGGCAGCAAGUGCAGGUUCCGAUGAUGCCAUCACUGCUUUACUUAAAGGUGGUGCUUAUGCUGAGAGUGCUGAUAAAGAUGGUUUAACAGCAUUACAUUGUGCAGCAUCGAGAGGACAUACAAAAUGUAUUGAACUAUUAAUUAAACUCUGUGGUGCUCAAGUCGAUACGAUUGAUUCAAAUGGAUGUACGGCAUUAUUUUAUGCUGUGACAUUGGGUCAUGCUGACGCAACAGUUAAACUUUUAGAUUUAGGUGCCGAUCCGAAUCGACAAGAUCGAAAGGGAAGGUCACCGGGUCAUUGCGGCUGUGCGAAAGGUCAAUUUGAGACAGUAAAGAUUUUAAAUGCACGUGGAGCGAAUUUAUGGCUGAGAAAUGCUCGUGGUGAUUUGCCAGUUCAUGAAGCUGCAUCAUCGGGACGUAUUGAACUUGUCGAAUGGCUUCUUCAACAACGUCCAAAUCAUAUGAAUUCAUCAAGUAAUGAUGGUCGUACUAUUUUGCAUAUUACAGCGGGCAACGAUAAAAUCGAUAUGUGUAAAAUGCUAAUUGAAAUGGGAGCUGAUGUUAAUGCUGUUUAUCGUAAUACUAAAAAUGUUGUUAAAACCCCAUUGGAUUGUGCCUUACAGAAAGGCUUCCGUACAACUGCCAAAUUUAUUCAAAUGCAUGGAGGUCUUCCGGCAAAUAAAUUAAGAUUGUCGGGUCGAAAGACACAAACAAUACUGCCAGAAUUAGAUGAAGUGAAACCCCUUAAAUUUACUGAAAUUGAAGUCAGCUACGAACGGAAAGAAAGUCGUAGUCGACGUAAUUCACGUACAUCCGAAACAGACACCGAUACGGAAAGUUCACGAGGUCACCAUCGUAAUCGUAAACAUCACCGUAAGUGUUCACACAAGAGACGCACAAGUAGUUGCAGUGAAAUGUUUAUAUGUCAUCGUGCUGAUGAACCAUGUGAAAUAAGUCGUUCCAAAAGUACCACUGAACUUAGUCGUAAAAAAUCAAAGCGUCAUCAGCGUUCUGUAUCAACAGAAUCAUCGUGCAGUGAAAGUUCACAUAGCAAUUCCGAUGACGAUGAUGAUGAUGAGGAAAAUGAUUGUUGUUAUCAUAUAAAAAGAAGACAUCGUUGCUAUAAAAAAGUACGAAGUAAAUCGAGAGAUCGCGAUAAUGGUAAUGGCAACAAUAAGAAAGGACGAAAGAGUUCCGAUAAAAAAGGAAGUGAAUCUGAAUGUAAAGAGAAUGAUAAGGAUCAUGGAAGGGUUAAGAAGGAUAAUAAAAGGAAAGUUGAAAUUUCAUCGUCGAGUGCUAAAAAGAGCGACAAUAAGGCAUCAUCAAAAGGAAAGAAUGACUUAAAAGCAACAACAAAGACAACAGGGAAUAAAAAACGCCCAGCAUCGGGAAAGCCAUUAUUAAAGAAAAGCAGUCAAGAUGAGAAAAAUAAAUCGAUUGAUAAGACAACAAAGACACCCGAUGUCUCAAUCGAUAUGGAACAGCCUCCAAUUGAUACAAUUUCAAAAAAAUCCAUUGAUGAUGCGAGUGAGGAUGAUAAGACUAUUAAGCAGAUAACAACACUGGUUGAAAUUCAUGAAACAAUUCAGCAACAAACGGAUAUUGACGAUGGUGCGGCAACUGAUGCAACAUAUACAAUAGAGAAACGCGAUAAGAGUGACAUUAUGAUCCCUGAACCAGAAACAAUUAAAGAGGAGGCAGUAAUUGUGACAAUGGCAUCGGAGGGUAGUAAAAAAGUUAGCUUUAAGGGUGAUGCCAGUGAGAAUGAUGAUGAUAAAAUCUGCGAGAAUGAAGUGAAGAAGGUAGAAGAAGAAAAGCCUGUGCCUGAGCCACCUGUUGAGAUAGAGUCGCAACCUUUCACUGAUGAUAAAGUUAAAUGUGUAUCAAAUGAGACAGAAAAGGCAUUCGAGACCCUUCCUGACUCAACAAACGAUGAUAAUGAUGGUGAUACUGACAUGAAUGAAUCGCCUGAAAAUAUUCUACGUCCAAAAAGUCAAACACCUGAGUCUAUAGCAAGUUUUACUGUUUUAGAGGACGGCGAUGAUGCUGAUGAAAAGUUGAAGGAAUUUGAAGAAAUGACAAUGGAUGAGUCAUAUAUGCAACUAGGUCAAGAUGAUUAUGAAAGUGAACAGCAAUAUUACGAUGAUUCAUCGUCAUUAGAAAAGCUACCGAAACAGCGUGUCAUAACAAUAAUCGAUGAUGCAAAGGAUCAAGAUUCCGGUAUUGAGCCAAGUCCACGUUCACAACGUACUAAAAUACCCGCUCCACGUUCUUUACAUUCAUCAGCUGUACCAGGAAUUCCACGUAAAUCUUUUGUCGUUACGGAAGAUCGACCGCGUAGCACACGCAUUGAGGGUAGAAAACCAGGCGAUAAAAAUGCUGUCAACAUGGCAACCGUAACGCAAUCUAUACAGAAGAACUUAAGACGCUACUACAUGGAACGAAAAAUAUUUCAACAUUUAUUAGAAUUAAAGAGUCUUCAAAUUCGCUCGUGUAAGUCAAACGAGGCUGUGCUUGUUAAACGUGCCGUUGAUGAUUAUCAUAAAUCAGUUGCCGAUUUGGGCUUUGAAGUAGGAGGCACUUUGAGCAAAUAUCAAAUGCGUGAAUAUACUUUUAAGAACUUUGAAUUGUUUUUAUAUGAAACGUUAAAGAGCUUACAGAAGCCCGGAACAUUCAAUUUUCAAAAUAUUGCAGAAGUCUACCGUGAGGCGGAACGACGUUUGAGUCCGGACUUUAGUCGCUGUGAAAAGGCUUUAUAUUGUACGACAAAAACACAUCGAUGUUUGCAUGCUGCUCAUGCAUAUACUGGAAUCCCAUGUGCUGCAUACAUUCCAUUAAUGAAUCAUCACACAAUGCCGAAAAUCGGAUUUGGUUCUUACAAAGGCAACACUGGUGGGAAUGUUGGGACGUUUUAUUUACCAAAAAUUUUGACAAAUAAUCAUAGAUAUCAGAAUAGGAUGUCAUUGGAAUUUAGUAAUACGAAUAAUAAGAAAUACAGCACAACUGUACCACUGCCUAGUGAGAAAUUGGACAGCAAUAAGCGUUAUUUAGUGACAUUUACUGUAAAUGAUAAGGAGAAUCAGCAACUGAAGGAACCGAAUUCUGAAGAAAGCGAUGAGCUGCAAGCAAAGUGA